UCUCUCGGCUCUCGGCUCUGGUCUCUGGUCUCUGGUCUCUCUCAGACGGCGGUCAUGGCUCGCUGCAGGAGUUACUUACGAGGUCUCUCCAUCUGCGUCACGGUGCUGCUGAUGGCGUCCGGUGUGGUGAUGAUCGGGGUCGGAUUUUCCUCCAUCGACGGAAACAUACCGGUCGCUGAGCUGUUCGACCAGCUGUCCAGCAGCGAUGGGUUACUCGUCCUGCAGGUGUUCGGUCCAGUCACGGUGAUUUUGUCCAUUCUGGGGAUUUGUGCCGCGACGUUGGACGCCAAGCGUCUGCUGCUGGUGUUUUCUGCUCUGAUAUUCGUGGAGUUCGUGGCCGUGAUGGUCGUGGCCUCGCCGCUGGUUCAGGUUCAAGCUCAGAUGGACAGCGAGGUGGACGAGGUGUUUCUGAACGUAACUCCUCUCCACAGGGCGGAGCGAUACAUCCAGACUGAACUGAACAAACUCCAGAACUCGGACUCUUGUUGUGGUUUGAGGAAGUUCGAGGAUUGGGAGAAUCAGUUUCCUGCCUCUUGUUUGUGCACGCCUCCGACCUCCCCGCCCGCCUCCGACCCGAGCUCUCGGCCUGGUAACUCGAGCUCAGGGGGCGACUGUGUGAUGGUGGGCAGUGAUCAACACCCUCCGACCCCGCAGGUCACGGAUAAAACAUGGGUUCACUCCAAGCCCUGUGGUCCCAUCCUGAAGAGCUACCUGAGCUUCCCCAUCAAACUCAGGAUAGGAAUCAUUUCAGCCUUCGCCACCAUCGCGAUGGCGGCCAUUGCUCUGUGUCUGGCGUUGGGUCUGGAGAAAUAUUGGAAGAAGCCUCCGGUAGAAAGUACGGUCGACGACUUCAACAGAGUGAAAUACGAACCCAAACCCUCCCUCACCUGACCUCUGACCCCGCCUCCACCUGAAGCCAAGGCAUCAAUCCAAAAUGCUGGUGACGAUCGAGAGUUCAAUAAAACCACGUCAGAUUCUUUCAUAGCAGCGAUUUGUAAUAAUGGGACGUCUCUAAAGACGUCAAAGGUGCAAUAUGUAAAAAAUACUUAGUUUGAAACACACACACACACACACACACACACACUGUUGUAAUAGACGCCGUAGUGAAUCACUGUAGUCUAAUAAUACUGAGGUCAGUUGCUUGCCAUAACCCUGACUCAGGCCUGAACCCGCCAUGUCUUCAAUGUCCCACCAGAGUCCUCAUCAAUGUAGAUUACCUUGGUACUGUAUUCCUUGUUGUCAAACCGGGUUUGUUGGUUUGUUGGCCGGUGAAACGCUGCCCCCUGUUUGUUUGUUUGGAGUUUGACAGGUGUCCAGUUCUUACAUAUUGCACCUUUAGUCAGACCUUUGUUUUUUCUAUCCUGAGUCAGGGAGGUCAACAAUUCGAGACGUUAAGAAAGACACAGACGCCCGAAUGGCAGCGUCAAGCUUUUGAACAGAGAUUUGAAAACUUUAUCCAGUCGUGAUGUUUGUGUGACGUUUUGUAAAAUGACAGAAACUCAGAGACUUCUCUCAGAGAAGAGGACGACGAGUGGCUGCUGGUCGUGAUGAAAUGUUCGAAAAGUUGAUUUAUAAAUAAAGUUUACUG